AUGGCUCUCUUUGCCCCCGCCCCUCCUCCCAAGACCAAGCUCGGCCGCCUGAGGAACCUCUCCCCGCUCGCGUCCGUCACGGUCUCCCCGCUCUGCCUUGGCGGCAUGAGCAUCGGCGACAAGUGGGCCGAGUUUGGCUACGGCCAGAUGGACAAGGACACCUCGUUUAAGCUCCUCGACACCUUCUUCGACGCCGGCGGGAACUUUAUUGACACUGCGAAUAAUUAUCAAGACGAGACGUCCGAACAGUUCAUCGGCGAGUGGGCUGAGGCGCGCGGGAUCCGCGACCAAAUUGUCAUUGCGACAAAGUACUCAACCAUGUAUAAGCGCGCCCCCAAUGAGAAAAUCAAGCAACGUGCGCUCUACGGCGGGAACCACCUCAAGUCCCUCCACACCUCCGUGCACGAGUCGCUGCAGAAGCUCCGCACUUCCUACAUUGACAUCCUGUACGUUCAUUUCUGGGACUACAACACCUCCGUCGAGGAGGUCAUGAACGGGCUGCACAACCUCGUGACCCAGGGAAAGGUGCUGUACCUCGGCAUCAGCGACGCGCCCGCGUGGGUCGUGAGCAAGGCGAACCAGUAUGCUCGCGACCACGGCAAGACGCCGUUCGUUAUCUACCAGGGCGCGUGGAACGUCAUGCAGCGUGACUUUGAGCGGGACAUCAUCCCCAUGGCGCGCGCGGAGGGGCUCGCGCUCGCGCCGUGGAACGUUCUCGCAGGCGGGCACAUCCGGACGGAUGAGGAAGAAGAGCGGAGACGGCAGACGGGCGAGAAGGGGCGGACAACCUGGCGCGGUGACUGGGAGCGCAACGAGAAGGAGAAGACCGUGUGCAAGGCGCUCGAGAAGGUCGCCGCCGAGGUCGGCACCCAGCACAUCCAGGCCGUGGCGAUCGCGUACCUGCUGCAGAAGACGCCGUACGUGUUCCCGCUUAUUGGGGGGCGCAAAGUCGAGCACCUCGAGGCGAAUAUUGAGGCGCUGAAUAUUGCCCUCACGCCCGAGCAGAUCGCGUAUAUCGAGGGUGUCGUGCCCUUCGAUCUCGGGUUCCCGCACAACAUCAUUGGCACGGGUGUGACCAACAUGCCCGCUAUGAUCAUCGCCGGCCACUUCGACCGCGUCGCCAUCCCGCAGGCUAUCCGUCCCCAGACUCAGUGA